GUGCUGCCAUAAUUGCGCCUCGCCCUUCACUGCCGGCGUCCCGGGGGGCGAGAUAAAAAUAUCCGCGCUUGUAUUUUGGGACACCACCGUCGUGUAGAUUUGUGCUUGCUUGUCUUGGAUACCUAUUGAACAGAGCUGAGGGGCACGGAGAGCACCGCUAUCGGCGACUGCAGGUCCAUCUUAUCCCACUCAACGUCAAAUAUCGCUUGACUCUCGCGUUUGGAUCCUUACCAGUGCCUACUUCACACUUACAAACCGGCGUAAACAUGAGAAUCGGGUGCCUGCAGUUUGCUCCAAAGGUAGGCGACGUGUCUAACAACAUCACGCGCGCCGAGGAGGUCCUUGCAAGGGCUGACCCGGAGGACCUGGACAACCUGGACCUGCUUGUCCUCCCUGAAAUGGCGUUCAGCGGAUACAACUUCAAAUCCCAACAACACAUCCUGCCGUAUCUCGAACCCACGGGGUCUGGCGCCAGCUCUCGCUGGGCGAGCACUGUCGCCCGCAAGUACCGCUGCAACGUCGCCGUCGGGUACCCUGAGAAGGCGGACAUUGCAGAGCAGCCAUCGGCGCCAGAUUACUACAACUCGCUUAUCGUUGUUAACAGCGUUGGCGAGAACAUCGCUCAUUACCGCAAGUCUUUCCUAUACUACACAGACGCGACUUGGGCCCGCGAAGGCCAGGGCUUCUAUGGAGGGAAGCUGGGCAGCCUGGGGCAGGCCGCUAUUGGUAUAUGUAUGGAUAUCAACCCCUACAAGUUCGAAGCUCCAUGGGACGCCUACGAGUUCGCUUUCCACGUCCUCAGAAUCCGAGCAAACCUGGUCAUCCUGUCGACGGCGUGGCUGACCAACGACGAACAAGCUAGCUUCCUGUCGUGUCCCGAUGCGCCAGAUAUGAGUACGCUCAGCUACUGGGUCCGGAGGUUGGAACCCGUCAUACGGGCGAAAGACUCCGAGGAAACUAUUGUCGUCUUCGCCAACCGCAGCGGCGCCGAGGACGAAGCGACGUAUGCGGGCAGCAGCACGGUGCUGGGAAUUAAGGACGGCGAAGUCUCUGUGUAUGGCAUUCUCGGCCGCGGCGUCGAGAAGCUGCUGGUCAUUGACACCGAGAGGCCGCCGUUUGGAAAAAUUAUCGACCGCCCGGAGGUGCCGGUGGACGGGGAGCCCGGUGCUCCGUCGGCACCCGCAGAGGACCACGGAGAUGGGCCGUUCAACGGUCCAGCGCCAGCGGCAGCAUCCGGAUAUGCCGACUCGCCUACUCUACCUGCCGGCGCCGCGCACCCGACAAGGAACCACCCAACUCUCCCGCCAAGCGUAUCAACGUCAACAAUCCCACGACCACAAAGCACCGGAAGAAGAACCUUGAGUCAGCCGCGCCCUAAACUCACCGUGCAAACCAACCUCUCAUCUCCAACUCCCCCCCGAAGUUCACCCACCAAACGCCCAGUGAACCACCACCUCCGGCCCUCCCCACCACAACCAACACCACCUGAAGGACACCCCACCUGGAACGGCGGGCCGCCCUCGGCAAUCCACAUUCUCGUCGACGUCUACACACCCGACGAGCAGUACGGGCUCACUUGGCACAACGGCAACAAUGACGACGGGUGUGAGCGGGGCGGUCUGGGCGUGAGUGUCCGUUUCGGCAUCAGCGACACCCUGGCCCUGUCGCCGUGGAGCGGUGGGUGGAACAAUUCGGGCGUGUUGUCGCCGGCGGGCUGCGGGAAGGCGAUGAUUCCGAUUGCGGCGAGUCCGAGCAUCUUUGGGCGGGGAGGUUUGAGGUCGGGUGGUGUUUGUAUCUAGUGUGUCUACUACACCUGUCCCGGGGUAAAUGAAUCCUACCGCAGUUCUUGCCCCACCCUCUAAGCCUCUUACAGUCAGGGGCCUUUAAAAAGUUAAUAUACUU